GCUGCACGUCGACGGGACCGGCCAGAUAGUCUAAACACAGUCUGUACCUCCUGUUGAUGAUUGUUAUACGAAAUUUCCACUGGUUCAUGGCCCUAGUGCCCCAGCAUAAUACUGUGAGGAAGUUGUGAGACCCAGUAAGGAGUUUAAUCUUUAAGAAGAAUUAUCAUGUCAGCUGACAUGGAUAGGCCACCUUAUCUUACUCAGAGGUCCACUUUGCAAGAAAUGGAUUUCAAUUGUCCUGUAUGUUUUGAAAUGUUGAUAGACCCAACAACAUUAAACUGUGGACACAACUUAUGCAGACACUGCCUGGCACAAUGGUAUUUGGCUGGUCAGAGGCAAUCCUGUCCUGUCUGUCAACAGGCUUGGGUUGGACAUCCUAAAGUGAAUAUUAACUUGAGAUCAUUAUUAAAGCAAUUCAUGAGUGAAAAAUACACAGAAAGAUGGAAUGAACUACAAAAAGAUUCAAAUUUAGCACUGGCAGUAGCAGAAUUUGACAGAAAGAUGACCCAGCAGCAGCAGCUCUCUUUAGGAACACAAAGAGUUUUUCAGCACAAUUUUCAAGCAAGAAACCUGGCUAACCAGUUGUUUGGUGGGGCUAUGGCUGGUGGCUUUUGUUCUGGACUGUGCAUAUCUCUGACAGUUGCAGUGUUUGCCUGGUUGACUUUAAGCUGGUUUAAUGGAGAUGGCAGUACUUUGUUGGUGAACAAACCAGUGCAGAAGUGGUCUGUGGAAGAGGUCGCUGACUGGAUUGGGGAACAUGGUGAAUGGGCCAAACAGAUGUAUGCUGGGAAAUUCAAAGAACAUCAAAUAGAUGGUCAUCUGCUGAGCAGCUUACAAGAAGAGGAUUUAGGGUUAAUAGUUGGUGGGUCAAUUCCACCAGUUCACAAAAGAGUAUUACUGGGGGCAAUACAAGUAGCACAGCAUCUGGGUGUGAAACCACCUAAAAACUUGUGGGAAUUCAAGGCAGUUUAUCCUGGCAAGACCAUUUUCUUUGUGUAUGGCAUUAGGAACCAUCCAAGGCUAAUGUUCCUCUAUCUUUACUGGUAUGACUACCAAGACUCUUUCCUUCCAUUUAUACAUAAAGUUGCUCCUGUGGCUAAUGUCUCAGAUGAAAUGCUGAUGGCUAAUAGGGCUCCUCCUCCUACAUUAGGACAGUGGUGUAGAUUUUUACCCCAGCUGAUUCUUUGUCCUUACUGGUUAAUAGCUGUAUUUACCUGGGACUGGAUGAGUGUGCACUGGUGGACUUCAAACCUUGUCCUUAUCAGCUGCAUCAGCUGCACAGUGCAGGAAGCCUUAGCUGUAAAAAAAUUCUGGUCAGAGCCAAAGUUAAGUAUCCAGUUCAUCCUUGGCCAAGUCAUUGGAAUGUUGGUGCCCUACUUCUUGUGGCCACUGAUUCCGGGUUUUCUAAUAAACAUUUGGUUCUACAUGACAGUAUAUGUGGACCCAAUUCUUACUCUUGACUUGUGCAGACAACGGGCUAUGGGUGCUCAGUAACUUUCAUGAAUGUACCUGUUUGUGUUGAAGCUGGAACUCAGGAGUUUGACUUUUCUAAAAUGUUUUGGCAGCUAUUUGGAGUUGCAGGUGUAGUGCUAUUUAAUAUGCAAUGAAUUGGCUUUUGAAUAAAGUACCUGAUAUUAUUAAGUUAUUCAUUAACAUAUUUUGACAUAUGAAUUUAUUUUUAACUACCAAAGAAUAAUUAUUUUCAUUUAUAAUAUUUUUUUGGCAUAACAGAGGGUGUUUUUCUCUCAUGUUCAUAUAAACAAUUACAGGUGAAGGUCCAGGUUUUUGAUUUCUACUAAAUUUCAAUAAAAGACUAUAAUCAUACAUACUGAAGAAUUGAGUAAAUGGAAACUGAAGUUAUAUUUAUGUGUAUGUACAGCUUGGGGUUGGUUUGUCAUUUAAAUUGGACUGAAAUUUAGUCAUAUUUAGAUGCCAUGUUAGUGUAAUAAUUUUACAAAUCCCAGAAAGUUAAGGUUGUGGAAAGUGUGUAGAUCCUUGUCAUAUUUAAUAUUAACAAAGAUAUCCAAGUGACAACAAAUUCCAGUAUUGUUGUAUUAUUUUAAGAAGCAAAUAUUGUAAUCCCAGUUACAUUGAAAUUAAUUUAAAUCAUAUCAUUAGACAUUUGUUUUGAGAGGGAAGAUGUCAGACUUUUUGGUUAUUUUUUUAACAGAUUUUGAAAUAUCUUGUUUUUAACUACCUAUCAAUAAAAUCAGAUGUCCAAGUGACAACAAAUACUUAGUCUAGUGCUAUAUAGUAUAAUUUUAAGAAGCAAAUAUAAAAGGUAAACUGUACACGUUUGAAAAAAAAAAAACUGUGACUACUUGCUUCAUAUCUGGCAAAGCUACACAUCUUUCCCAAUUAAGGCUUUCAAAACUAAAUAACAAAAUAAUAAAAUAAUAAAAUAUAUAAAAUAAAAUAAAAUAAAAUAAUAAAAUUACCUGAUGUCAAUAUAUGUAUUUUUUUCUGAACUGUAUAAGAAGACAUGGGAUCUUAAUUGGCUGGUCAGUAGUCAUGUAGAACUUAGCCUUGAAUGAAAAGCAGAAGAUUCAUUUUGGUAGGUUAAACUUGUAAGGAGUCUUUAAAUCUCCAGUAACAGUGACAUUAAUUUUGUGUUGUAAACCAUGUAAUUAGAUUUUUUUUUGAGGGUGAAAUAGCAGUUUUAAUUUUUUUUCCCUAUGAUUAUCUACAUGUAUGAUUGAAAUUUCAUUUUGAAUAAAAUAUUUUGUACAACAAUAAUUAUCAGUGGAGUUUUUAAUAUGCCGAAAUUGUAAGUAUCUGAAAAUAGUUUGAUCUCUGUGCUGUCUAUACAGGCCCAUUUCCAAAGGGGUGUUUUAUUUUCUGGCAGAGUGGACCUUUUACCAUGAAACUUAUUUGUGUACCUAUAAACCAAUUUUUACCCAUAGUGGAAAAAGGGCAGUUUUGACUACGGGCCUGCCAUGUCAUUGUCAUUACUACUGGUACAAAACACUUCUAUAACUGUCAAACUAUUUUAAUGUUUCAAAUUUUGUUAGUUUUGUUGGGAUAAAAAGCAGACUGAUUUUUGAAGUCAGUAUUGUCAGCAUUUAAGUUAUUAUUUUUUUUUGCAUAUGUUUUGAUGGUGUUCA